CCCAGUUUGAGAGCAUCGCUGACUGGGCUCCUCCUUCACCCCACACUGCUGUAACAGCCUGCAGUGAUGAGAUCCGCACUCUGGAGGCUCAGGCUGAUCCAUCAGGUUCUGCUCUGAAGCUGCACUGAGCUCCAGCCAUCCUCCACCAUGCUCUGCAGGACCCUGACUCUGAGGGCAGCUGGCUGCUUAUCUGUGGUUCUGCUGGUUCUGGCUCUUUCUGAAGCUGAAGGAGGAGAGGAGCUGCAGCAGGACAGGUGGAAGGUCCAGAGGAGAAACAGGACCAGAAUAAACUGGACCAGAAUACAGAUAGAUGUAAAUGGGCCAAAUGUGUGCGAUGCUAAAUGCUGCCCUGGAUGGACAGUUCAGCUGAAGACAAAGCAGUGCACUAAACCGAGGUGUCUCCCUCGGUGUCAUAACAGAGCAGUGUGCCGGCAGCCCAAUAUCUGUCAGUGUCGUCCAGGUUUCCACGGUGAUCGCUGUGAGAUCUCCAGCAUCACUGCAGCCCCCAGCGUGUGGCUUUGGAAGCAGCCUAGCUGGACUAGUGCUCCCCCGGCUACUGUAACAUCCCCCGUUACUACAGUAACACCUGUAACAUCACCUGUUACUACAGUUACUACCAAUACACCUGAUACUACUGUUAAUACUGUCACACCUGUUACUGCUGUCACUCCUCUGAUCAUCACUGAGGGCCUUUGGAGCAGCUUAAACACCUCAGCGUCUGAUCCAAAGAAGAAAUACUCAUUACACUGGCAGUCUCACAGUCUGAAGGAGGCCCAGGCGGUGCUGCUAAAGAAAGCUCUGGCCCGGGGAGUUGGAGGCAGUAAAAUCACCAGUGUUCUGCUGAAACACAUCGAGACUGAGAGGAACAGACUGCAGUCCACUCCCAACACCGCCCACACCUCUCCACAGCCCAGCACCAAGUCCUUCCACACCCAGCAUGGCCAGUACACACUCAUAUACACCCCAGCUGCUGCUCAGACGGCCAGCAGUCAGACGCCCAACGGUCAGCGGACGUUUGGACUCCUCGGAAGCUCAGAGCGGAUCAAAGUGCUCUUCACUCCCACCAUCUGCAGGCUGCGAUGCACCCAGAACCGCUGCACCAACUACUGCGAGCGCGGGAACAUCACCACCGUGUACAACAGCGAACAGCAGGGGGCACAGGGGGCACCAUCACCUGGAUUCAGACUGUUCUUGUGUCCGAUGCUGUGUAAGAAUGGAGGAGUGUGUAUUCAGAAGGACCGGUGCCUCUGUCCCCCGAACUUCACCGGAAAGUUCUGCCACAUUCCUGUCUCCUCCGCUGCCUCUACCAAUGAAAUCGAGAAGCCAAUCUCUAGCUCCUCAGUUGUGACCAAUCAGGGACUGACAGAGUCGGAGUACAUCCUGCCUUUACAGAGUCCACAGCUACAAGCUAGAGGUUCCCCAAUGGUGAAGGUGCGAGUGCAGCAUCCUCCUGAGGCCAGUGUGAAGAUCCACCAGGUGCUGAAGGUGGGUUCCGGCCCCACUGUGCACGAGCGCUCGGAGACAGUCACCUGGUCCGCCGGACUCUCCGGAUCCCGAAGCGGCAUCAUUCUCCCAGGGGAAAGAGCAGAGGCCCCGCCCCCUCGCGCUCAGGCCACAUCUUUCAGAGGCCAGGCUCCACCCCCUCGCAUCCAGGCCCAGACCAUACGAGGGGAUUUCACCUAUACAGAGACAUCCGGCUUCAAAUACUGCUUCAGAGAGGUUCGCAACGGACAGUGCAGUUCCCCAAUGCCGGGUCUGCGGAGUCAGGAGACGUGCUGUAGGGGGGACGGUCUGGCCUGGGGAAUUAAUGAAUGCACACUGUGUCCACCUUCAUCAGGAAGUAGAGGACGGGGUGAGGGACACUGUCCAAAAGGUUUUGAGAGGGUCAACGGCACGCAGUGUGUGGAUGUAAACGAGUGUGAGCAGCCGGGUUUCUGUCAGAACGGGAACUGUGUGAACACCCGCGGGAGCUACAGCUGCGUGUGCAGGCAGGGUUUCCUACUGGACGCCUCACACGGCCUCUGUAUCUCCCAGAAGGUGAUUUCGUCGGAGAAGGAUCAGUGUUUCCGGAUCUUAAACCAGGGCGUCUGCUCUCUGCACAUCCUGAGGAACAUCACCAAGCAGAUCUGCUGCUGCAGCCGCGUGGGGAAAGCCUGGGGACGCAAGUGCGAGGCCUGUCCAUUCUUUGGCUCCGCUGAGUUUAAGGAGAUCUGUCCUGCUGGUGCUGGCUAUCAUUACUCACCCAACACGCUGAAGAUUACCCAGAGGGUGGCUGAAAUAAAUGACACCAUUGGUCCACAACUGGUCUCUGAGAGCAGACCCCAACAGCCUGAAGCCCCCAGACACACCACACACCCUCAACCGCCAACACACGGCCGGACCGCCAGCGGCCAGUAUGACCCAAGGCAGCCAAUCACCUCCGAAAUCUAUAUCGUCCAAGGCAGACACGGCCAGACUCAGGACAGACCACCAGCCACCAGCCAGCCCACCAGAGCACAGCCACCUGUAAUCAGGACACAGACAGGUAGACCGUCUAUUAACAGACAGACAGUUCGACCCCUCCCAGUUCCAGCUACGCCCCGCCCCUCUCUGCCCAGGCCAGACACUCGUGUGUGUGAAGCAAGGCCGCAGGUUUGUGGACCGGGUCGAUGUGUGGAUGUACCUGGAGGGAGACACACGUGUAUAUGCAAUCCUGGAUUUAUCCUCAACGCUCAAGCUGGACACUGCCAAGAUAAAAAUGAGUGUGUGUUGACUCCAAGGCCAUGUUUGGGGGGUCAGUGUGAGAACACUGUGGGCAGCUACCGCUGUGUGUGUCCACCAGGGUACCAGAGCAACAGCCAGCAGAACCAGUGCUCAGAUAUUGACGAGUGCCGUCAGGUACCUAACCCCUGCACUAACGGCCGCUGUGAGAACACGCUCGGCAGUUUCAGGUGCGUGUGCAGGACUGGAUACAAGCUACAGGACAACACCUGCACAGAUAUCGAUGAGUGUGAUGACCCUCUCCGCUGUCCUGGUCAGGAGUGUGUGAACUCUCAGGGUUCCUACAAGUGUGUGUCCUGCAGACCUGGCUUUGGCCUCCUUAAUGGACAGUGCUCAGAUAUCGACGAGUGCAGGCAGAAUCCUUCGCCCUGCUCUAACGGCCGCUGUGAGAACACACCUGGCAGCUACAGGUGUGCGUGUCAGGUGGGAUACAGGACACAGGGCAACACCUGCACAGAUGUGAAUGAGUGUGAGGAUCCUCUGCAGUGUCUGGGUCAGGAGUGUGUGAACACUCAGGGAUCAUACAGGUGUAUGUCCUGCAGACCUGGCUUUGCGCUCGUCAGUGGUCGAUGUUCAGAUAUCGACGAGUGCCGUCAGGUUCCUGUGCCCUGCUCUAACGGCCGCUGUGAGAACACACUGGGCAGCUACAGGUGUGUGUGCAGACCUGGCUACAGACUCCAGGGCAACACCUGCACAGAUGUUAAUGAAUGUGAGGACUCUCGGCUGUGUCCUGGUCAGGAGUGUGUGAACACACAAGGUUCGUACAGGUGCUCAUCAUGCAGAUCUGGAUACACGUUUCGGAACGGACAGUGUGCAGAUGUGGAUGAGUGUGUUCGUAGUCCUUCGCUCUGCUCUACUGGCCGCUGUGAGAACACACAGGGCAGCUACAGGUGUGUGUGCAGGCCUGGAUUCAGACCGGAGGAUAACACCUGCAGAGAUGUGGAUGAGUGUGAGAAUGAGAUUCAGUGUCCCGGGCAGCAGUGUGUGAACUCCAUUGGUUCUUUCAACUGUGUGUCCUGCAGGCCGGGCUUUGAGAUCAUAAAUGGCCAGUGCAAAGACAUUGAUGAAUGUGAGGACCCUCUACAGUGUCCGGGUCAGCAGUGUGUGAACUCCUUGGGUUCUUAUGCGUGUGUGCGAUGCAGAGGUGGACACAGCAUGCAGAACGGGCAGUGUGCAGAUAUAGACGAGUGUGCGAGCCCUCAGACCUGUGGGCCGCAGAGUGUGUGUGUGAACACUGACGGCUCGUACAGAUGUGAGUGUUCAGCAGGUUAUCGUGCUGCAGGACCUGGACGACAGUGCAGAGAUAUUAACGAGUGUUUGGAGGGAGAUUUCUGCUUCCCUAAAGGAGAGUGUGUGAACAUGGACGGCUCCUACAUGUGUGUGUGUGCACAGGGCUACCAGACCGGCAUCAACCGGACCUCCUGCCAGGAUGUGGACGAGUGUACCCGUGAGGGGGUUUGUCAGGAUGGGCAUUGUGCCAACACUGAUGGCUCAUUUCUGUGCCACUGCAAGACUGGCUUUACCUCCAACCCUGAAAAAACAGCCUGCCUGGAUGUGGAUGAGUGUGUGGACUCUGAAGGUGCUGUGUGUGGAUCACUGCGCUGUGAGAACACCAUUGGGUCCUUCCAGUGCCUUGUCUCCUGCCAACCCGGAUACAGCAUCACUGCUACAGGAGAGUGUGUGGAUAUUAACGAAUGUGCUAAUGAGACGGUGUGUGGAGAACAGUCCUACUGUCAGAACCUGAUUGGGACGUAUCAGUGUAUCUGUGAUCAGGGCUAUGAGUCUGUAGGAGAUGGACGAUCCUGCAUGGACAUUAAUGAGUGUGAGACGAUGGUGGGAGUGUGUGGUGCAGCACGCUGCUGGAAUGUGGAGGGCUCGUUUACGUGUGAAUGUGACAGUCAACAGGAGGAAUUCAACCCUCUCACUCUGCAGUGUGUGAAGAAAGCUGCUCUAGGUGAUACAGGCUCAUCAGUGCAGAGAGGGGUCUCCUUCCCCCCUCGCCCCGGUUCGGGCUCCGCCCUGUCCCCUGCUGGCCCCGGGGAGAGGAGAGAGUGCUACUACAACAUCGAGCAGCAGGACUCCUGCAGGAUCCUCACACACAACUCCAGCCUGCAGGAGUGCUGCUGCACUGUGGGACAGGGCUGGGGGCUGCGCUGCCUCUACGACACCUGCCCCACACCUGGCACAGCUGAGUUUCAGGCUCUGUGUCCGAGCGGGCGGGGUUACGUGACUUCCACAGUGGGGGCCUACAGCUACAAGGAUGUGGACGAGUGUAAGCUCUUCGACCCUGAGGUGUGUAAGGGUGGCGUGUGUGUAAACAACAUCCCUGGCUACUCUUGUUACUGCCCCAGUGGACACUACUACAAUGCCACCCUAAUGGAGUGCAGCGAUAAUGAUGAGUGCCUCAGUAAAGACAUGUGUCCUGGUGGUCAGUGUGUCAACACACAGGGCUCAUUUUACUGCAUUUGCGAGCCUCCUCUAGUGCUGGAUGAAACACAGCGCAACUGCGUCAAUAUUUCUGACUUUUCAAUGGAAUACUGUUGGCAGCACGUUACCCCCGACCUGAUGUGUCAGAGUCUGCUGCGGGGGGUGAAGCUUACAUUUGUGGAUUGCUGCUGUUUGUAUGGAGAGGCAUGGGGGCUACACUGCGCACUGUGCCCUCGAAGAGACGAGCCGGAUUAUGAGGUUCUGUGCAGAGAAGUGGGUCCUCCUCCCAACUCUCCUCGUUACGCUGAGCGCUUUAAUCCAGUGCCUAGGAGAGGCGAAGACUACUUUCCACCAUACAGCCCCCUAAUUUACCCCGAUACACUGCCGGGCGCGCCAGAAUACGGCCAACCUGAUUACGAUGACUACAGCCCGGUGAGAGGAACCGGGCCACGCUCCGGACUCCGUGAGCGAACACCUGGCUCAUAUUCACCUUAUGUACCACCUGGACUCGGCAGUGAUCAUUAUUAUGAGGAUUAUGACGCAGCCCCUCUCCCCCCAUAUGGAGUGCCCAAUCCCCGUGGUGAGCGAGCAUUUGGAACACGACCUCAGCCCCCUCGGGCCGAGGGACGUCCCUUUAGCCUGGCCCCCUUGCCUGAAGACACGGAGAGGGAGGAGCCAUGGAGAGCCGCCGCCCCCUUCCCACCCUUCACUGACAGGCGUGUGGGAGGAGACCCACCGAGAAGAGUGUAUGAGAGGCAGUACGAGCCAUUCGCUGGGCUGAUGGAGGGGGAGUGUGGGAUACUGCAGGGCUGUGAGAACGGCCGCUGCGUCCGUGUGGGAGAAGGUUACACCUGCGACUGCUACGAGGGAUAUCAGCUGGACAUCAGUUCUAUGACCUGUAUAGAUGUGGACGAGUGUGACGACCCGACCUUCCGGGAGUGUGUGAACGGUCGGUGUGUAAAUACGGAGGGUUCGUUCAGGUGUGUGUGUCUCAGAGGAUUCAUGAUGUCACGGAGACCAAACCACUGCAUUCCAGCCUAAUCUCCAAAAUACUGAGCAGGAGGGGUACACACACACACACACACACACAUAUAUACAUACACACAUUAACACCAGCAUUAAAUGACCAGUAUUAGCUGGCAAGGUAUGCUAUUUGGUUGGAAUGGUUGUAUUGUGGCUGUAAAUUCUUUUUUAUAUAUAUUUUUUUUAUUCUUUUAUAUAUUAAAUAAAUAAUCUCACAGAUGCAGUGUACAGGUAUCCACCAGUGCAUACAAAGUUCUUUAUUUUUAAUGGCCAAUCAGAACCAAGAUAACUAUGCUGAGACGUAGAGUGGAGAAAUGCUGAAAUGAUCUCUGUCAUAAGUGGCAGACUAAGGGUUCAUUUGCAUCAGUGAUUACACAGCAAAUGGCAAUUACAGGGGUCCAAGCACUGUGCCUUAUAAAGCUACCAGCGCACAGAUAAUUAAAUGAUGGUCAGUGGUUUUAGACUGGCCUUAAUUACAAUAUUCCAGCUGUGAGGCCUCAUUAAGAGUGUUGGACAUGACUUGAACUCAGUGACCAACACAGUUUUACAUCAGUUACCACUAUGUUUUAAUAAACCAAAGCUUUCUACUUCAACAUGAACUUAUUUUGUUACAUAAACACACAAUUACUGGGUGUAAAUUCUUAGUUUUACAUCUUAAUUCUAGGGCUGUCAACGUUAGUGUUCAUUUUUGAAUGCAAAGUAAUCAUAUGGCAAACAGAGCUUUUUGAUUUUAUUUAGCGAUAUAUAACACAGCAACACUUACUUUUUAUUUAUGCUGAAAUUUAGACUCUCUCUCCCUCACUCACAUGUGCGCGCACACACAAUAAAUGUUAAUUUUUUCCUCUGUUUAAAGCUCUCUUUAAACCCAGUAACUAAUCACACUAAGCUUUCUAAUUUAAAAAGCAUUAAAACAAGCCUGAGAUAUUAAAAUGCAUUAAAAAAUUACAAAAUACAGGAAAAUACCACCAUUUAAAUAAACAGAAUCAUUAUUUGAAUAAGAGACUGACAACACUAAUUUAAAUGUAAUUACAUUUUUUUCCAAUCUUACACUUAUUCUUUUAUUCACUUUUAAAUAGCCAUAUUUAAAACUUGGUCUUAAAGAGAAGAAAAGUAUUAUGUUGAGAUUGAUCUGAUUAUUUUUUUUAAUCAAUAAACACCUCUAUUGAAUUAACAUUUAACAUAAUUUUCUGCAUUGUAAUCAUUCAUGUGUGUUUACUAGAGAAACAAAAGCCUUUACCGGACACACUGUGGCGCUUUAAUGUAAAAGCAGAAGCCCGUAAGCCUGAUAGAUGUCUCUGCAUGUCCUAAAUCCACUCCCACAGCAUUUUAAACUAAAGCACUCUACCAGCUGUGAUCUAGAACCUCCCUGUGUUUCCUUCUAAUAUAUAUAUAUAUAUAUAUAUAUAUAUAUAUCAGCUUCUGUUUACACGUAAGCCUCCCACUGAUCUCCUGGGAACUUUUUCGGCUCUCCUGCUGGAACCAGUUUACUAGAACUUCCACUCCAGUCUAAGCUGAACCCUGUUCUGUUACAAUCCGCCUCUCUUUAUAUCAGUGGAUCAGUUUGUGUAUUUUAUGGGAAUUCUGAUGCCGACACAUAUUUAGAUAUAGUUUAUUUGAAAACAGUUAUACAUGAUUAUGUAUUAAAAUUUCUUUUUCAUUUUUUAAUAAUGUUAUGUUUAUAUUUGGGAGGUGGGCAGGGUGUUUCCACAGUUCAUUACUACAUGUAACACAAUGCACUGUAUCUGUGGAAGAGUUUUACACCAUGAUUAAGUGUAUAUUUUUUAAAGAAGAAAUUUGUUUGUUUGUUUUGAAUUUUGUCAAUGAUUUGUUUUUUGAUAUGCCCAGUGCUGAUGUAUGAAACUGAAAAUAUAUUUGCACAUAUUCCAAUUGUGUUGUGUGUUUAUUGACCGUGCCAUAUCUAUUUUUAUUCAUCUAUUAAAAUCUUAAAAACGA